GAACUCCGAAGGGUGCUUCUCAGGCAAGCCCAGCUACAGGUCUCCUGGCCCGGACUCCAGCAGGCUCAUGAAGGGAGAGCAGCAUGAGGAGCAGGGGCUGGGCCCCGACCCUGCGGCACCCCCGCAGCCCAAAGAGGAGGAGGAGGCCCUGAUCGAGUUCCACCGCUCCUACCGAGACCUCUUCCAGUUCUUCUGCAACAACACCACCAUCCACGGUGCCAUCCGCCUGGUGUGCUCCCAGCACAACCGCAUGAAGACGGCCUUCUGGGCUGUGCUCUGGCUCUGUGCCUUCGGCAUGAUGUACUGGCAGUUCGGCCAGCUGUUCGGGGAGUACUUCAGCUACCCCGUCAGCCUCAACAUCAACCUCAACUCGGACAAGCUCGUCUUCCCCGCCGUCACCAUCUGCACCCUCAAUCCCUACAGGUACACGCAAAUUAAAGAGGAGCUGGAGGAGCUGGACCGCAUCACAGAGCAGACGCUCUACGACCUGUACAAAUACAACUCCUCCAGCACCCUGGGGACCCACCCCCGCGGUCGUCGCGACUUGCGGGAGCCCUGGCCGCACCCCCUGCAGCGCCUGUGGGCCCCAGCCCCGCCCCCCGGGGCCCGCGGAGUCCGCAGCGCCGCCUCCAGCGUGCGGGACAAUAACCCCCAAGUGAACAGGAAGGACUGGAAGGUCGGCUUCCAGUUGUGCAACCGGAACAAAUCGGACUGCUUUUACCAGACGUACUCGUCAGGGGUGGAUGCAGUGAGGGAGUGGUACCGUUUCCACUACAUCAACAUUCUUUCUCGACUGCGGGACACUUCUCCAUCCUCAGAGGAGGACAUGCUGGACAACUUCAUCUUUGCCUGUCGCUUCAACCAGGCCUCCUGCAAUCAGGCGAAUUACUCCCACUUUCACCACCCGAUAUAUGGGAACUGCUACACUUUCAAUGGCAAGAACAACUCUAACCUCUGGAUGUCUUCCAUGCCUGGGAUCAAAAAUGGUCUGUCCCUGACGCUGCGCACAGAGCAGAAUGACUUCAUCCCGCUGCUGUCCACAGUGACCGGGGCCAGGGUGAUGGUGCAUGGGCAGGAUGAGCCUGCCUUCAUGGACGAUGGCGGCUUUAACUUGAGGCCUGGUGUGGAGACCUCCAUCAGUAUGAGGAAGGAAGCCCUGGACAGACUUGGGGGCGACUAUGGUGACUGUACCAAGAAUGGCAGUGAAGUCCCCGUGGAGAACCUUUAUCUUACCAAGUAUACACAGCAGGUGUGUAUCCACUCCUGCUUCCAGGACAGCAUGAUCAAGGAGUGUGGCUGUGCCUACAUCUUCUAUCCGUUGCCCAAGAACGCGGAGUUCUGUGACUACAGGAAGCAUAAUUCCUGGGGUUACUGUUACUAUAAGCUCCAGGAUGCCUUUUCCUCAGACCGCCUGGGGUGUUUCACCAAGUGCCGGAAGCCGUGCAGUGUGACCAGCUACCAGCUCUCUGCUGGUUACUCACGAUGGCCCUCAGUGACAUCCCAGGACUGGAUCUUCCAGAUGCUAUCCCGACAGAACAAUUAUACUAUCAACAACAAAAGAAAUGGGGUCGCCAAACUCAACAUCUUCUUCAAGGAGCUGAACUACAAAACCAAUUCUGAGUCUCCCUCUGUCACGAUGGCCACUCUCCUGUCCAACCUGGGCAGCCAGUGGAGCCUGUGGUUCGGCUCCUCGGUGCUGUCUGUGGUGGAGAUGGCUGAACUCAUCUUUGACCUCCUGGUCAUCACGUUCCUCAUGCUGCUCCGGAGGUUCCGAAGCCGAUACUGGUCUCCAGGCCGAGGGGGCAGGGGUGCCCAGGAAGUGGCCUCCACUCCAGCUUCCUCCCUCCCGUCCCAUUUCUGCCCCCACUCCACAUCCCCACCAGACCCUGCUACCUCCCCGGCCUUGAUGGCCCCUCCACCUGCCUAUGCCACUCUGGGUCCCUGCCCAUCUCCAUCCAACUUGGUGGAGGCCAGCUCCUCUGCCUAUACUCUGGGGGAGCCUUGAGAGGGAAGGAAAGUGCCCUCCCCUCCCAAGGCAGGCGCUUCCCCUGGUGGGAGGGGAGCAGGC